AUGGAGCAGGAGGUGGUCGCUCUCGGCCACGACGUCCAGGUUGUCGAUCCUGAUGUGCGCGGCUACGUGUACAGUCUGGUGACUGCUCUCGGAGGUUUCAACGGUGAAGAUGCCGACAAAUACAUGCUAGGUGACGAUGCGCUGGCAUGUUUACGCGAUAUCAAACGAUGGCUGAAAUUGUACGACGAAAAGAACAAUCGAAUGGACGUGGCGCGAUGUCUUGGAGAAUCGAACCUGGUGAAUGGCGACCUACUUCCCAUUCUCUCGGUCUGGUGGAACAGCGGGCAGAAGAGCAAGCACAUGACUCGUGUUGCUCUAGCAUGCUUGGAACUUCUCGUGCCUUUGACUUGGCCGGUGGAGUUUCAUAGCCAGAUGACUGUUAAUCACCACCGCCACACCCCAUAUAUUCAGCAAGUGCAAGUUCAAUACAAGCGUGGCGUCUUGAAAUAUGGCGGAUCGAAUCUUCUCCGUGCCGCCAUUCGAAUCGCCCUUCCGAGCAUGGCGAUGCCUAGAUCCGAGCGCGAGUCACGAGACGAAGGAAUCCUCAAAUUGAUGCUCUACUUCCUCCGAAACAUCGCCAUUAUAUCAACCAGCGCACGUCUCGCGGCUGAAGGCGAAGAGGAGGAGACCUCCAGAUCGGCCACGAUCAAUGCGUUCCAGGAACAAGAUGCCUUCGCUCUGAUCUUGACCAUGUGCUCCAACGUUGGUGAUGACUUCAGCAUGCAAGAUGUGGUAUUGCUUGAGAUUCUCUUCCAUCUUGUCAAGGGUGUGAAUGUGGAGAAAUUGUUCAUGGAGGAAGAUCAACGGAAGGCGAAGCGGACCGACGAGCUGGGCGAUCUUCUGCAAAAGGAAAACCUUGUGCGACGAGAAUAUGCUAAGAAUGCACCCACCCGACACGGAAGAUUCGGCACGAUGAUCUGGGUAAAGCGGGAUGAUGCCGGCAAGGUGUCGACUGUCUCUGGACAGGACACUUUAAGGAACGACCAGACCACUCUUCAAAAGAUGGACCAGAGCAAGAAGUGGAACAAGCCUCGUCCGCAACGACGAAAGGAGGACGUGGUCCAGAAUAACAACUUCAACAUGCCCACUCAUCUAUCCACCCCGGCGUCCAAGAACUUGAGGACAUUCGUGGAAGAGUUCCUAGACUCAGGCUUCAACCCUCUUUUCGCCCACCUUCGGAAGGCAAUUGAACGCGAAGCCGAGAGAGUUUUGGAAAUAAAUGCGCGUCAGUUCUUCUACACGAUCGGCUGGUUUCUAGAAGCGGAGCGCGCUCGGCGAACGCAGCGGGCAAAGAAACAUGCUGAGAAUGGGAAAUCGGCAAAGGAUAUUGAACUAGAUAGCUAUGGACUGGUUGCUGGAGUCUUGAAUCAGGAGACAUUCAUUUCUCUUAAUCGAUCCAUGCAGAACAGCUUCGAUAACAAGGAAUGGGAGGAUCUGACUGCUCAGAUGCGUUGCUUCACCCAAAUCUUGUUGACUGUCCAAGAAAUGACCGCAUCUCCGAUUGAAGAGGACCAAGAAAUUGCCGAAAAUAUUCAAAACCGCAUUUUCUACGAGGAAACAACACAUGAUCGGAUCAUUGCCAUCAUCCGUGGCUACAAAGAUCAAGGCUUCGGCUACUUAGAUGCUGCUACAGAACUCGUGCAUGUGUUCUUGCGCCUACUCGAGCGUUAUUCCAAAGAAAAUGCCGACAUGCAGGUACGAUCUCGCCGUAAGGCCAAGCAGAAGAAGAAGGCAGAACAAGACGCUGGACAAGGACGCAAUGACGACGAAGCACAAAAUUCCGAAGAUGAGGAUUUGGAGGAUGCUGCUCAAGUUACCAAAGAGCGUUCGUUCGACUUCAAACGGUUUGCUGCCAAGUUUUGCAACCAGAGUUGCGUGGACACCUUUGUCACCUUCACCAGCUAUUACAAAGAGUUGAAUACGGAGCAGCUAAAGAGAGCCCAUCGCUACUUCUACCGUAUCGCAUUCAAACAGGAGAUGACUGUUCUGCUUUUCCGCUUAGACAUUAUCAACCUCUUUCACCGAAUGAUCAAGGGACCAGGAGCGAUGGACUCUAGCAAAUCUGUUUUCAGGGAGUGGGAGGAAUUGGUCCGGCAAAUCCUUCGCCGAUUAACCAAGAAGAUCGAACAGCGCCCUGCUUUGAUCACCGAGUUGCUUUUCAGCAAGAUGAACUCAACCGUCUUCUACCUCGAGUAUGGACAUGAAAAACAAACAAUCUCAACUUCCAAGCGUCCGCCGGCCGAGCUUCAAUUUAUCACGAAAGAAGAAGCGACACCCGAGGCUAAAGUGGGGAUUGUGGUUGGUGCGCUCGUCCUCGACGGGCGGGCCGACCUUGCCAAAUGGGUUGUCGAUGUUUUAAACUCGGCAGCUUCUGAAAGAGAAGACUGGGAGAUCUCAGAGGCGGCUCGUCGCGCGGAGAAGGAGAAGGAGAACCCGGAUGAGGAGUUCUAUAGCGCUCCUAAUCCUAUGAUUCCUGUGAAACCCUGCGAUGAUUCUUGCAAGAGUGCCAUGUUCUCAAAUGCGAAGCUGCGACUACUCAUGGGCCUUGUCGGGUUCGAGCGAGUUGGCAUGGAGGAUGUGCCUGGUGCUACAUGGUUUGUUCCCGCACCUCUAUCCUCGAAAGAUCUACGAGAGACCAUGUCGAGUGUAAACCGGUCGUUACUGAACCCAGUGCCCGAGGGUGGCGAGGACGAUCCUCGACAACUGCUCCGAAAAAGAGAGACAAGUAGUGGCCGGCAAAGCCUUGCGCAAACCACACUCGAUGCCAACUUUGGCUCAGACUCCGAGGGCGAAGACAUUCCUGAUGGACCUCUCUUCCCUCCAAACCCUCGCUCCAAGGCCAAUGCUUUGGACGAGCUAAAGAAAAAGCGCAAGACGAAGAAGUCAAAGGGCGAUGCGGAGACAGAGCCUCUGGAUGACGAGACUCUGGAAGAGCGUCGCGAGGCACGUCUUUCCAACGCCCUGGCUCGUCAAGCGAAGAUCAAGAGUGACCUCUUCAUCCACGCCAGUGACGAAGAGAGUGAUGCCGAAGCAGACGUCGAGUUCUUCCGACUGGAGGAGGAGCGACGAAAGAAGCAAGCAGAGAACGUGAAGAAGGCCCUCCUCACUGGUACCAUGGAACAAGUCAAGAGCAAGAAAAAGGGCAAACGCAAGAGCGGAGCUGGCACCUCCACCGCAGAAUCUAAGCGACAGCGUCGUGGAUCUGGAUCUUCCAGCGAUGUAGCCAGUGACGCUGAUGGUGACAUCCUGAUGGCCGAACUAGACGCCCAGUCACUCGGUUCCCCACAAGAACCCUCAAUCAGCCGAGACGCGCAGGAGGACACGCCCAUCACCUCUGCAGCGGAUGACAUGGACUUUGACGAUGACCUUGUUUUCAGUCGAGAUCGACAGGCAAAGGCAGCUGAGGAAGCUGAUGCAGACGAGGAAGACACGCCUAUGGUCCCAUCUCGCCGGCGUAUGCGAGGCGGGUUUGUGAUUGAGAGUGACUCUGAGUAG